AUGCGAGAAAAAGUAACCUUUACAACUGUCUGUAUCCCUAGAUUUCUGGGCACAAUUAUCGCCAGGGACAAAACUAUUUUCUACAAUAAUUGCACAGCUCAGUUGUUUUUCUUCAUCUUCAUGGGUAUAACCGAAUUUUACCUUCUAACUGCUAUGUCCUACGAUCGUUACGUAGCCAUCUGCAAACCCCUGCACUACACAACCAUCAUGAACAAGAGAGUCUGCAUAUUGCUUAUCUUUUGUGCUUGGUUGGCAGGAUUCUUAAAUAUCUUCCCACCGGUUAUUCUUUUUCUCCAGUUAGAUUACUGUGGCUCCAAUGUCAUUGAUCACUUUGCCUGUGACUACUUCCCCCUAUUACAAUUAUCCUGCUCAGACACAUGGCUCCUAGAAGUGAUUGGCUUUUACUCUGCAGUAGUGAUUCUGCUUUUCACUUUGGCAUUAAUCAUUCUAUCCUACAUGUUCAUCAUUAGGACAAUUUUGAAACUUCCUUCUGCUAGUCAGAGAAAAAAGGCAUUUUCUACAUGUUCCUCUCACAUGAUUGUCAUUUCCAUUUCUUAUGGAAGCUGCAUAUUCAUGUAUGCUAAUCCCUCUGCAAAAGAAAAAGCAUCCUUGACCAAACGAGUAGCUAUUCUCAAUACUUCUGUUGCUCCUAUGAUGAAUCCAUUUAUAUACACCCUGCGAAACCAACAAGUAAAGCAAGCCUUUAAGGACACCAUCCAAAAGGUUAUGUUUUUCUCUAGUAAAUGA